AUGUUACGGCUUGAAGACGAGGAGAUACAGGCUCAAAUAAAAUGCCUUCUGGAGAAUCCCUUGUUACAACAAAAUCUCCAAGAAGAUGGGUUUUGGGGUGUCUUGGCCUGCAAACUGGGAAUUCCUAAUAAACCAGAACAUCGCUACAGAUUAAAGCAACGAUUUGCCUCAUUCAUGGAGACGAUGGUCAGGCCCAGCAACAGUGAUCAGGCUGAGUCUGGCCAGGAGGCAGCCAACGCCAGAGAGGGUAGCCAGGAACAAGAUGGUGCCAGUACAACAACGGCCGUUUCUCAUGAGUUGGCAAUCAUUGAAAUACCCUUGCCCCUGGCCCCACUGCAGUUCAGCAUUGAACCAAAGGAUUGGGCCAAAUUGACAGCCAAAAGACACAGUACAGGGUUCCAAGGUUUGGAGUGGACCAUUGUCAUUUCCAAAGGAAUUCGUACUGUGUUCCCCUAUUGUUCCUUUGGAUUCAAAAGACACCACUUAAAAAGACCAAACUCCUCACGGAAGGGGCCACUUUUCAGCUGCCUCGCCUACUGCAGAUUUGAGGACUGCAAGGUUGAGGCAAAGGUGACUUUGGAAUCCCUGAAGACAUUAUCUGCGAAGUUGGUCCUGGAUAAUGGACCAGCACGACAUUAUGCCGGUGACCGUAAAAGUCGACCUGUGCGGGCCAGUGACCGGACCACGCUGGGGGAGCGUCUGCAGACUGAGAAACCCAGAGCCAUGCAUGUGAGAGAUGUAGGGGCACUCUCAGAAGCCGUUUUUGACUCUGGCUGCAGGGACUUGGCUCCACCUGUCAGUGUCCUGAAGAAUGUUUCCUAUGAUGUGAGGAAGAGGAGGAGACUCCAUCAUAAUGAAAUACAGAGUCUGGAGCGGAUGCUCAAGCUGCCAACAAAUGACACCAGUGUGCUCAAAAACGUGCUUCUGAAGCCAAAAGGAGUAAUGCUCUGGUCCCUCCGUGGCAUCCAAAUAUACCAGGAAAGGUGCAAGGAGGACAUAGUGUAUUUGGAUGCCACUGGGAGCUUAUUGAGGAGCCAAAAGAGUAACCCACCCUUCUAUAUCUACGAGUUAGUAGUUCGUCAUCCGAAGAAGGGUGGGUCACCUCUCCCUGUGGCCACUUACAUCACAUGUGACCAUACCACUGCAUCAGUGACAUAUUUCCUGAUGUCAUUCGUCACUGAUGUGAAGAGGAGCCAUGGUCACAGGGUGGUGCCCUUAAUGGUCAUGUGUGACGGCUCACAGGUUUUGAUGCAGUCCAUCUCCUUCGCCUUUGCCAACAGGGGGCUCACAGACAUAUUGGCAGUGUAUUUCCGAAUUGCUACAGGGAAAGCUGUCAAAACAGACUGGCAGGUGCCAGUCCUCCACAGGUGCCUGUCGCACAUCAUGAAAAAUGCAAAGGAGAUGUGCAAAAAACAUGCCCCACAGUGUUAUGCCUUGGCAAUGCACAUAUUUGGCCUCUUUACCACAGCUAGCACUGUACAUGAACUGGAGGACAUGGUGUACAGUGCCGCUGUGUUAUUUGGAAGCCCGUGUGUGGGGCCUCUUGUGGAGCAUCAUUUUGCACAUCUCCAAGCACUCAUGGUGCACUUGCCAUCCCCCAUGGAGGUGGACAACGAGGCUGUUGUGGACUUGGAGGAGGACGAAACAGACUGGGGAAGACACCUUUCCACCAUCAUUGAAGGUGCCCCAAGGGAUAUGGUGGGGGAACAGAACCUGUACCACUCAGAGGGGCUGUUGACGCACCUCUCAAAGUUCAUGCUGCCAUAUGCGGGACUGUGGAGUGGCAUUAUGCUGGGGGAUCUAGGCAGACACGGACAGGGGCAGGGUUAUACAGACGCCUCAAAACGCCAUACAAAACCGACCAAUUUGCAAAGACAAAACAUCACCAUGGCCAACCACACACAGGGGAUCAUGGAGAAGAGUCAGUGGGACCUGAAACAUCUGAGGUUCCAGUCGCGCACCUAUAGCCGACUAGAUGAUGUGGUCCUGCAGUAUCAGGCUCUUCAUAAAUCUCUGUUACGAGAGUACAGAGAUACUGCAAGAGUCUUCAAUAUGAAGAGAUACCAGGUCCUCUCAGAAAAAUGGCGGAAAACACGGCGGCGGCAGAUCCUCGCGGAUACAAGCGCUCCGACCUGUGCUCCAUCCUGCGGCCCAUGCCCACACCAUGAGGCGGCCCUGCUCCUGACUGCGUCCCGGGUGUGGUGA